AUGAUCUUUGGUAUGUUAAAGAACGAACUUGAGGAGCAUUGCCUGAUGACUGCGUCCAUGACGAUAAUUCUGUAUGCAGUAGUAAUAGUUAUCAGUAGAGAGGAAAUGAUAAAAGAUGCAGUGGUUGAUAAAAUGAACGGCUACGCUGCUGCUGCUGCCGCCGCGGCCGCUGCUUCACGGCAAACAGCUGCUGCCCCGGCUGCUAGCAGUUGUGAUGAACAGAGAUAA